UAAAAGUCAAAAGCAAACCAGCUAGUGCGAUAUAAUCCGAAAAGGCUACGAAAGUUGAAGAUCAAUGAUCAAUACAAAUACAAGGACAUGAUGACAAACGAAGAACUGAUAGAGAAGCUUGAAGAGUUGACCAAGAACGCCAAACAUCACCAAUUGGACACUCUUCGUUCAAUCCUUCUUCAUAAUGCCUCUGUUCGCUAUCUUCAAUCCUCCUUCAAUAACAACAAGCUUCAUCCUUCCACUUUCACACGUCAUGUUCCUUUGUCUUCCUAUGAAGAUUACGUUCCCUUUAUCCACCACUUGGCUCAUCAUCAUGAUGCAAAACUUCACCCUCUUCUCUCCGUUGAUCCUCUUCUCUGCUUCUUCUAUAGCUCAGGAACUACCUCCUUGAAACCAAAACUGAUCCCUUACUUUGAUUCAACCCUUUCAAAAGCUGCCUCCUUUCUUGGCCACCGAGGCAGUGCUGUUGUUCUUCAAAGGCUGUUUCCACCAAGGCCUAAUGUCAACAAGAUCCUAAUGUUUUUCUAUGCUGACAAAAUCACUACCACAAAAAAUGGCUUCAAGGUUAUGGCAGCCUCUUCAUACCCUAUACAAAGUGGUAAGGUAACUUCUGAACAACUAGCCAUGUUCUCUAGUCCCCCAGAAGUUAUUCUUGGAUCUAAUGUGGAGCAUCAAAUGUAUUGUCACCUUCUUUGUGGCCUUAGGAAUCAUGAUGUUAUAGAUGGAAUUAGUACUCCUUAUGCCAUAGGUUUGAUUAAAGCAUUUAGUCUUUUGGAAUCUAAAUGGGAGCAGCUAUGUGAUGAUCUUAAUUCUGGUUUUCCAAGUCAUGAAAUUUCAGAUGUAGCAAUGAGAGAAGCUGUAAUCAACACACUUGGUGGUCCUCAACUAGAUUUGUCAAAUAGAAUAAGGUUGGUUUGUGAAGGUAAGAAUUGGAAUGGAAUUGUUCAUAGAAUGUUUCCGAAUGUUCGUUUUAUCAGGUGUGUUACGACUGGUAGCAUGAAACAGUACUAUAAAAAACUUAAGUUUUAUGCAGGAGAUGUACCUAUUCUAGGAGGAGAUUACUUUACUUCAGAGUGUUGUGUAGGUAUAAAUUUAGACAUAAUGCAACCGCCCGAGACAACGCGGUUUGUAAUAGUUCCUACUUUUGCUUACUUUGAGUUUCUUCCAUUUGAGAUGAAUGAGAAUGAGCAAGAUGUUUGUGAACAAACAGUGGACCUUACUAGUGUUGAGGUUGGGAAAAUGUAUGAAGUAGUUGUUACUACUUACCGAGGAUUUUAUCGAUAUAAAUUGGGCGAUAUAGUGAGAGUUGUCGGUUUCCAUAAUUCAUCGCCUGAAGUGGAAUUUGUGAUGAGGGCACCUAAGUCUUCAGCUGAGAUUCUCACUGAGAAAGACUUGUUUUCAGCAGUUGAAAAUUUUCAACUUGCACUCAGAGGUGCUGUGGAUAUCGAGAUCGUUGAGUUCGCUAGUUUCUUGGAUCAGGAACCGGUGUUGAAGCGAUUGAAGGUAUUUGUAGAAGUAGACGUUCAAGACAAAUCUAAUUUCUUGGAGGAUAAUUUGGAUGAAUGUGUUAAAAUGUUUAAAAGUUGUGUUUCCUCUCUUGAGAGUGGUUUGGGAGCAUUGUACAAGGCGCAGAGGGAUAAAGGUCAUUUAGGGAACUUAAUGAUAACUAUCCUAAGGCAUGGAGCUUUUAAUCAGUUAUUAGAUUUGGCCAUUAAGAAUGGAACAUCAGCUAGUCAAUAUAAACCACCUAAGAUUAUAAGGAAUCAUGAAAUUGUCAAAUUCUUGGAAAACUUAGCUUUUGCUACAAUAUCAAUGGAUGACUAAUCAUGUAUAGUGAAUGGACUGAAUACCCACCACUACCUCAAUUUCAAGCUGAUCACAUGUUUAAACAUGAUGUCUACAAGGAGCUUAGUGGCUUUAUACAACAACAAAAAAAAUAUUGUAAUUGAAAGAUUGGUUGUUCAUUUAGACAUGAUUGUGUAUUUUUUCGAGGUUAUUCAAUAUAAGUUUGGGGAAAGAUUUUUCAA